UGGCUGGAUUCUUCACUCCUGAAGACGACACCGUCUGGGCCAUAACACAGUACUACUCCUCCUGUACACACCACAACUCAACUCAACUCAAGAUGACGACUCGCCAGAUUAUGAGCUGGGGCCUGGUGGUACUCCUGGCUACCUCCCUCGUCACCUCCACCAUCGCCGCCACUAUGGACGCUCAGGUGGCACAAGAGGCACGUAAGUUCGUCUCCAAACCCAACGACAUCAAGAAACAACAACUCCAACAACAACCCGACGUGAAACAGGAACAACCUACUGACGGAGGGUUCCAAUGGGGUAAUCUGCUGGGUCUGGCGAUGCAGCUCUUCAUAGGAGGACCCACACACGGACCCAACGGCGCCUCAGACAAGAUGGAUUACAUCACCCAGCUUACGAGUGGCGACUUCUCCUGGUCCAAGAUGUUCUCCUUGGGUCUCCAGAUGGUCCUCAGUGUACUGGGAGGUGGGGACAAUGCUGCCAUAGAUAAGAUGGACGGAGGCUCUCCCGUUGAGGGUAUCCUAACUGCCGUCAUCUCCUACCUGACCGGCUCCAACAAUCCUGAUGAGGUUGGCGUGAUGGCUAAACAAGCUUCUGAGCUGUUCGGUCUGGUGGUGACCCUCCUCGACGCUCUCCGCACCAGCUUCUCCCAGAGGUCCUUUGAGGCUCGCAGUUUGGGCACCACCGACUCCCUCGCUGAUGCCGCCGUCGCCGCCACCACCAUGCUCAAGAGCUACAUUAAGACCUACGAGACCGAGGACGACAUCUGCAUGCAGAAGUACCUGUGCGAGGCCAACUCCGACUGUGUGUAUGGCACUGGUGACACUGGCUACCUCUUCUGCCAGAUGGGAACGUACGGUAUGAGCUUCAUCCUGGAGCGCUCCACCUACACCCCCUUCGAAAUCUACAAUGACGCUGGCAGGAGGGGACGCGUCGGCGAGAGCUGCCAAGAGAUUUACAACGAAUGUAACGAUGUCUAAAGGCGUCUACCUUCCCGUCCUCCAAGAUGACUGUGGCUCCCAGAAUUCGUCCUGCGACACCCAACAACAGUAACUGUCGCCACAGUCUCUUAGUUUAGUGUUUGGCUUCAUAUCCGACUGACCGACGCUAGAAAUAGUAGUUGUUUACGGCAGUUACUGUUAGACUGCAGUAUUAUUUUUUUUCCAUAUGGAGUCUGAAGCUCCACGUGACAAGAGGCAUUGACUAUUGCUAGCGAGGUUCACGUAGCGUCCAGGUACAGGAGACUCCGACGCGAACACUUUGCCUUGGACUGUGUUGACGACAAGACACUGGCAGACCCAAUGAUUAGCUGGUGAAUUUCUCUGUUUCCCUUGACUGGUAUGCCUAUGUCAUCAUUAUUUAUUUUAGUUUUAUUUAAACCAGAAACCUUAUUUUUUUGGCUUAGUCUGAUAGAUAUAGGCGUAUUAUCAAGUUAGUUUAGAUUAUUUAUUGCUGAAAUAUUGUAGGGACCGACAGACUGUACUCGUGUGCGUCGCCCCUCAAGAACCGUAUGUUUGUUGACAUCAUCCAUCCCAGACACUUGACACGAGCCUCCGACACAACUCACGGCUGACACCAACUCGACAUUUGACACGAGUUCUUGACACCAACUUAGUUAAAUGUUACGGUAGUUAAGCAGACACUGUGAUGGACGACACCUGUGCUGCGAGACGACGGUUAAAUGACACCUGACGAAAACUCUGAGCCAUGUGAUGGUCGUCACUUCUCACCGUUCAAUACGCACUUUACUAUUGAGAAUUUUAAAGUGAAUCCGCUGAAUCUUGCAAGGGAAUCACUCGGGCGUACUGAACAUACCAGAAUAAUCUUACGGAUAGACUUAGUGAAGCGUUUAUCUUUUUAAUUCUGACAUUCUGAAUAAAUCUGAAGAAGGCAGUGAACGGUUGAGUGAGUCAAGGUUCAGCGGGGUCUCUGAGCUGAUCUGCCAGUUUACUCUAUCACUACACGACACAGACACGCCUCAACACAGACGUCAUACGGAAAAAUGUCAUCUUUAACGUCUUCAGAAUUUUUCAGACACUUCACGUUAGUUAACUGUUACACACACACACACAGACGCUCUACCUGACGGAGACGCUGUAGAGGGCUGGAGGCGGGUGGACGAGAAAUAGGUCAGGCAGUUCACUUCACCGCCACAUUUACUUUGGUGUUGUCGGUGCUAAUGUACAGUACAAGUGUCCCUGUACACCGUGCGGGCCUUGAUACAGGGUGAUGAGUGACCUCCCGAUCACUGAUAAAAGUCAUCCUGUCAGUAGCGAUGCUGGAGACAGGUGGAGGUGUUCCAUUCUCCGCCCACAUCCCACCCUCACCACGCCCCCAGGUGUGACCAGGAAGGGUGGCUGACCUCAGUACCUGACUCACGACCCUCGGGAGGGAGUAACAUCUAUACACGAGGUGGUCCCCAAGACCCGCGUCACCCCCUCCGCCCCUGUCUGUACUAUUUCUUAUUUAUUUAUUUGUUAUUUUAAGUUUAAAUACUUUAUAUUUGUUCCCGCUGGCGGGCCAUAACAGGAAUAUAAAAAUAAUAAAAAAAAGUUUAGAAAGUUUGUUGACGUGGUAUCUUACCAUCAUGCUACCGAGUGUUGGGAGUAAACUGUCCCACUAGUUUUUCUUGACUGUUCUCUCUCACACAUGUGGCCUGAGGUGACCACAUCACUGGGCCACACUUCUGCCUUGCUCAAAACAUUCAUUACAAAUAUUGUUCCAAGAUUUUAGUUGUGACAGAACUUAUACAAAGAUCCACACGACCUAGAAGGAACUCCUCCAGGAGACAGGUUCUCCGGCUGAGAGGUCAUACUUGUUGGUCCUUCUUGUCAUAAGUCGCUCUCAAGAGACCUUAAUAGUAAUUCCUCCUGGUGACUGAUCUUAAUGGCAAGUUUUCCAGGCAACAAGUCCAGAUGACACUUCAGCCCGCGUGUGUGACAGAAAACCAGUCUAAACUGAGCUCAGGAGGGCGAGCCAGCAGUAAGCUCUGACUCGCCACUCAGUGAGGCAACGCCGCAUCUUCACCCCAGUCGAUUUUGAUCAUUUUUCUAACCAAAUAAAACACUCAUACUCGA